AUGAAGGUUAACAGGCUUUGUAAGGUCGGAAACGACUGAAAACUUACUCCGUUGGCUUUAUGCAACAAUGGUCUGGCACUCAACUCGAAUCCUAAACCUAAAGAUUUGCAGUCAGUGUCUAACGUUUGUAUACGUUAUAGGUUUGGCGCGCUAGUGACUUGGAAGUUUCGUUUCAAAGACUUUAUCAUCGUUCGUUCUAACGAUGCUAAAGAUUUUGAAGUGUGAGCUGCUUAAGUACUUGAUGUUUGCUAGUAUAACUGCCGUUUUAAUUUAUCUGUUUUUGAAAGAAGCACCUGGCCCUUCGAAGCGGCUGACUCCUAUAAGAAAAGAGCUAUACGAGGUCAUCUCGCCGUCAACUUACAAACAUAUGCUCAACCAGCCCGAGCUAUGCAAAGUGACACAGCCUUUUCUUGUGCUCAUGAUUCCAGUGACACAGGAAGACCGUCAGUCGCGGCUAGCUAUCAGGGGCACAUGGGGUCAAGAAAAUGUAGUUCGACACGUGAACAUUGCCAGGUUGUUUUUCAUCGGGGAACCACGGGAGCCCAACAAAAGUCUGCAGCGGGAUCUUCUCGAGGAGAGCCGGGAAUAUGGUGACAUCAUCCAAAUGGAUUUCCUGGAUACUUACCAUAAUCUAACCAUCAAAACGAUGAUGAUGAUGAACUGGUUGGCUACAUACUGUACUUCAGCCCGAUACGCCAUGAAGAUCGACGCUGACAUUUUUCUCAACGUGCCUUAUCUUGUAGAGUACCUUCACAGCCAGGCUGAGAAGCAGGAUUAUAUCACAGGCUCAGUCAUUACUGACGCUCGGCCUCGCAGGGAUAUACACAGUAAGUGGUACCUAUCCGAGGAACUGUAUCCCGAAAACAAACUUCCACCGUAUGUGUCUGGAGCUGGCUAUGUCUUUUCCAUUGACCUGGCUCGGAAAAUAGCACUGGCGUCCAGAUUUGUGCGUCCGAUUCCUUUGGAAGACGUUUAUGUGGGAUUGUGUCUAAAUGUCUUAAAUAUCCGUCCCAUAUUCUCAUGGACCCUGUUGCCUUACAGAAACCUGUUUGAGAUCCGUCGCCUGGAGUACGACAGAUGUACUUUUGCAAAACGCAUAAUCGUUACGGGCUUUAGACCCAGUCAACUUCUUAAUAUUUGGGACGAUUUUCAGCAGGCUGGUUUCUCGUGCUGACGCAACAACACUGCUUAUCUGGACAGGUCCCGGUUGUCACAACAUUAAAAACUAAUCUCAGUUAAAAUAUUCCAUAUUUUAAUCAUAGAACCUCAGGUCAUCGUAAUACACGUUGUCAAAUUAAUUGGACUGAAUGAUUUCCACUUGUGUGCCUUUUUACCUCAAGAGAAUAAUCUAUUGAAAGCCUAUAAAAUAGUUUAUUAAAUUAUUUAUUGUUUUACAAGUUUUGCACAGCAUUUUACCUCAGAUAAAGAUAUGUUGAAUUAUAUAGUAUACAUCUGGUGUGAGGAUGUGGUGGUUGUCAAACCGCAGAAUCUACAGUAGUUCAAAAAGGGGAAAACUUCUUUGCAACUGUGGAUAUCCAACAGGUGGAGGUGCUGUUCACUCAGAGGUUUUUAUGUGACCACUUAAGAUCAGGUGGGUGUUAGAUUAUACAUGAUAAAGUAGACGGCAAAUGUAUACGUUGAUUGAUGACAUACGACUGUAUUGUAAAACAGUUGCUUUAUGAUUACGUCCUCAUAUGUGUUCGCAGUUUAAAAAAAAGCCUACUAAGCAAGCUUCUACGUAGAUUAAAAGAUACAAAACUACGAAAUAUCUUGGUGGAUUAGUAAAACCGCAUUCACCGUCAGUCUGAACAGAUGGCUAUCACGCUCAGUCUGGGCAAUCCGAUGAGACCGUUUUUUCGUGUCAAUGUCAUGUUUCAAUUACUUCUGUUGGGUUUUGUCAUAACAGUAGUGUUGCAAUUCACUUGCUCUCCUAAUCUAUUCUGGAUAGCACAACAAAUGUGUUUAUUCUUGAGGUAGGUUUAUCUUCUCUUUAAUAUUUCCUCCUAAUCAGUUUCAUACGGUAACGCAAUCGCUGAUCUGAAAUAUCCUAGAGUAUUUAUUUCACAGUUUGUUUGUUUCAGUUUGAAAUAAAAAUAUUUUGCAAGCCACACAUAAGGUUGUAACCAGUCAAACUGACUGGUAGUAUAAACUGGCCGAGGCAAGUGCACCGAACCGAAAUAACCUGAGGUCGCUACAAA